GCCUUCAGUUCGCGUCAAAGCGCUAGCACGGUCGGUCGCUGAACCUUCCCUAGCAGUCCUGCUGCAUGUUCUUGCCUCCGGACGUGUAUUUGUGUGUGUGAAGACCGAGAAGUCGCUGCUGCUUCCAAACUAUUCGCGAUUGCCGGUGUACCAUUGUUCUUGGCGUCACUUCACCAGCUUUUUUCAAACGGCCCGGACAAUGAGUAAGGAACGCAAAGAAUGGUGUCCUUUCCAGUGGGUCGCAGUGUAGUGCAUCCAUAAGUGUCAUCGGUGUGAAUUUGCUGAUUUGGGUUUUUUUGCCUCAUUAACACCCUGGACUAACUUUUAAUCUCUCUCAGCUAUUACUAACGACUCUUUCAACCCUUAAACUCCCUCCCAUUUCACUCUGAAGUGAAUAUACACUGCAGGACGCCAAAAAGUACCAUAAGUGUCAUCAACUCUUCUAACUCCUUAUACUUAUUCAUUCCCCUCUUCAAGUGAAAACAGUGCAGAACAUCACCACCUAACAAGUGCAAACUAUCCUCCAGUACAACUAACAGCUCUUCUAACUCCUCAAGAAGUGCAAACUAUCCCCAAGUGCUACCAGUGAUAGCUAACAACAUUUUCAACCCAUAUACAGUGAAUAUACAGUGGUAAACCCCAGAGUUUCACCGUUUAAAUUGUGCAAACUCUCUUCAGCAGUGUCGUCAACCCGUAUGGUGGACGUCAAAAGGCGGUUUUCUUCAUGUUCUUUUCGAGGAAUUUGAAACGGGUUGAUCUUUGAGUACGGAUUGUAUUUCAGUGAGUGAGACCGGGCUUAUGAAAGUUCGAUAAAGUGAGAGCAGUCUGCUUUUGGGUCAUUUCGACAGUUCUUGUGGAUUAUUCUUGGCAGGACGCGGAAGAACUUGUUUGGAGGCGACUGGGCCGUAUUUGGAGUAGAUGUCUGAUUAUUAUCGCAGUUGUACGGAUUGAAAAAAAGGACGGUAUGCCGUAACUAUCCCUGGUCAGAUAACGGCAUGUCAGCACAUGAGACAGGGCAAUUGGGGGGCCCUAUAUCUUCUCCAGCUCUUUCAUCUCCCGGGGGUGUUAGCAAGCACUCCACAAUGGACCCUACGGACAGAUUUCUGGGUAAAGGAUCGCCAUUUUCACCGUCAUCUGGAGAUCCACAGAGGCACUCCCAGAGUGACGAUGAUUCUGGUUGUGCUCUGGAAGAGUACACUUGGGUACCACCAGGACUUAGGCCAGAUCAGGUCCACUUGUACUUCAGUGCUCUUCCAGAAGACAAAGUACCAUACGUGAAUUCCGUUGGUGAGAGAUACAGGGUGCGACAACUUCUCCAGCAGCUUCCACCACAUGACAACGAGGUUCGCUAUUGCCACGCUCUCAGUGAUGAGGAGAGGAAGGAAUUGAGGCUCUUUUCUGCUCAAAGGAAGAGGGAAGCUCUCGGUAGAGGUUCUGUGAGGCAGCCUCCAACAUCUAUGCAAUGUGAUGGGUGUGACGAAACAGUCUCUGCAGGAGAUAUAUGCGUAUUUGCGUCACGUGCAGGACCAAAUACCUGCUGGCAUCCGGCUUGCUUCACCUGCUACGUCUGUAACGAGCUUCUGGUAGAUCUGAUCUAUUUCUACAAAGAGGGAAGACUGUACUGCGGACGUCAUCAUGCCGAGACCAUCAAACCCAGAUGUUCUGCUUGUGACGAGAUCAUCCUUGCCGAUGAAUGUACGGAAGCAGAAGGCCGCGCAUGGCACAUGAAGCAUUUUGCCUGUUCCGAAUGCGAGCGUCAACUGGGCGGACAGCGAUACAUAAUGAGAGAAGGACGUCCAUACUGCCUCCACUGCUUCGACGCCAUGUUCGCCGAGUACUGCGACUCCUGCGGCGAACCCAUAGGAGUAGACCAGGGCCAGAUGAGCCACGAGGGCCAACACUGGCACGCCACCGAAAACUGUUUCUGUUGCCACACCUGCCAUUCAUCCCUCCUAGGACGUUCCUUCCUUCCCAGGAGAGGUGCCAUAUAUUGCUCGAUCGCCUGCAGCAAAGGGGAACCCCCGACGCCUUCGGACAGUUCCGGUCCUGGAAGUCGGAUAGCCAGACCGACCAAUAAGGGCAAACCACGGUCUUCGUCUCCUAGCGACUCUCACACUCCGCCACCAUCACCCAGUACAAAAGCCAACAAUACUAAUUCCUCCACCAUAUCUUCGCCGUCAUCGCCGCCCAGACACCCGGGUUCGAUGUCUCUAGGGAAAUUAUCGUUGCCGGUUAGGUCGCCGAAGAUGGGUCGACGUGCCUUGCAGAGAUCGCCGAAACCUUGUUCUAACCCGGCUACGCCAACACCUUCUGAUGGUAGCCAGACUGGUCAGCAAGACCAGGUUUUCUUAAACGAGGAUUCCAGGCUUCAAAACCAUCAAACAGGUCAGCAGAGUCCCGUUGGUGGUAGAGGAUUGGAUAGAGCGUUGUUGGAAAGGAACUUGGAACGUUUGUUAACCGACAGGAAUCCUUCUUCUCAAGACUUGGAGAAGCUACUUCAUUCCAGAGACAGAAGCAGGGAGCCUCUUCAUCUCGCCGAUUUGAGUCUAGAUGAUUGGUCUCCAAAUAUACGCUCUGACAAUAACACAGAUAUCAGCCAGAAUGAUAGUAAAUUGGAUACGAAUUCAACGGAAUACUUGCCAGAGUUGGAAACUCCAAGUGAUAAUGUCCAACCCCAUGCUUCGUCAAUGCCAGAACUUGCCGCUUCUGCUGGUGGUGCAGGACAAGAUCAACCAACCACGCCAGGAUCUCCAAGCAAACGCGAUAAGACUGCACUGAGUGUUAGAUUUCUCGGAGAUAACGAUGCUUUCGAAUGUGAUGAAGCAGACGCGGCUACUGUUGAAGCUUCCAAUCGACUGCCAAGAAGUAGAAGCUAUUCAGGUCGCUCUAAAUACAUAGACACGUUGAAUCGAAAGACGAAGUCUAAAAGACCUACAAAUCUCCCACAGUUGCCUUCCACAAAAAGACACGAUGAUGAUGACAACAGGAGUUAUUGUUCGACGUGUUCAUCCAGUUCUUCCAGUGACGACCUCGACUAUCAGUUACCUCCAAGAAGAGCUUAUGGAGGCGUCAGGAUAUCAUACGUGCCCAAUGACGCCCUAGCUUGUGCUAGACGUAGACAAGCCUCCAGCCAAUCCCAAGGAAAGAAGACCGGUUUGGACGACAAAGAUAAGAACUGCAUCAUAUCAUGAUUGUUCCUGUUAUUGAAGCGAACAAUGCCUUCCACUUCAUUCAGUUGCCAAAAAUAUGUAAAGAAGAAAGUAUUCAGGGUAUCUAGAGAUAGAACUGACACAAAUUUAUAAACUCUAAUAUUUAUAUAACUACUUACACAAUGUACACUGAUCUUUAUAUGUAUAUGUAUUUUAGUGAAUAGAUAUUCGAAUUUUGUAAAUAAUUUAUUUGUACUUUUAUAAAUAUAUUGUUGGAAAUUACUGUUACUAUACUAGUUGAAUAACAAGAGGAUAUUCGUAGAGAUUGUAUGAACCAUGUAAAUUAUGUAAAUGAUGGAAAUAAAAAGUAUAAGUCA